AUGGAUUUGAAGAAAGCAGGGCUGGACACAGGGUUAUCAAGAGAAGGGGCUAUUACUGUGUUGGGUGGAGUCUUAGAAAACUACUCGGACGCUCCAAUGACACCAAAACAGAUUCUGCAGGUCAUAGAGGCAGAAGGACUUAAAGAAAUGAGUGGGACAUCUCCUCUUGCUUGCCUCAAUGCCAUGCUACAUUCCAAUUCAAGAGGAGGAGAGGGGCUAUUUUAUAAAUUGCCUGGCCGAAUCAGUCUUUUCACACUCAAAAAGGAUGCCCUGCAGUGGUCUCGCAACCCAGCACCAGUGGAGGGGGAGGAACCAGAGGACAGGGCCGAUGUGGAAAGCUGUGGGUCUAAUGAAGCUAGCACUGUGAGUGGUGAAAACGAUGUCUCUCUUGAUGAGACAUCUUCAAAUGCAUCUUGUUCGACAGAAUCUCAGAGUCGACCUCUUUCCAAUCCCAGGGACAGCUGCAGAACAUCCUCGCAGGCAAACAAGCAAAAGAAAAAGACUGGGGUGAUGCUGCCUCGAGUUGUCCUGACUCCUCUGAAGGUAAACGGGGCCCACGUGGAAUCUGCAUCAGGGUUCUCAGGCCGCCACGCUGAUGGCGAGAGCGGCAGCCCGUCCAGCAGCAGCAGCGGCUCUCUGGCCCUGGGCAGCGCUGCUAUCCGUGGCCAGGCUGAGGCCGCUCGGGACCCUGCCCCGCUCCUGAGAGGUUUCCGGAAGCCGGCCACAGGUCAAAUGAAACGCAACCGAGGGGAAGAGAUAGAUUUUGAGACACCUGGGUCCAUUCUUGUCAACACCAACCUCCGUGCCCUGAUCAACUCUCGGACCUUCCACGCCCUGCCUUCUCACUUCCAGCAGCAGCUGCUCUUCCUUCUCCCUGAAGUAGACAGACAGCUGGGGACAGAUGGCCUAUUGCGUCUCAGUGGCAGUGCCCUGAAUAAUGAGUUUUUCACCCAUGCGGCUCAGAGCUGGCGGGAACGCCUGGCUGAUGGGGAGUUCACUCAUGAGAUGCAAGUCAGGAUACGACAGGAAAUGGAGAAGGAAAAGAAGGUGGAGCAGUGGAAAGAAAAGUUCUUUGAAGACUACUACGGACAGAAAUUGGGUCUGACCAAGGAAGAGUCAUUGCAGCAGAACUUGGGCCAGGAGGAGACGGAAAUCAAGAGUGGCUUGCGUGUCUCAGGAGAAUCGUCAAGGCCACAGCGGGGUCUGGCCACUCGGCAGCGUGAUGGGCAUUUCAAGAAACGCUCUCGGCCAGAUCUCCGAACCAGAGCUAGAAGGAAUCUAUACAAAAAACAGGAGCCAGAAUCAGCAGUUGCUAAGGAUGUGAAAUCUGUGACAGCAGACACCCCCCUCUGCAAGGAUGGAGAAGCUGAGGCUGACUCAGUGGGGGUGAGCAGUCCCCACUUGCCAGGUGUGUCCUCUUCAGCACCCGGCCCAGAGGGUCCUGAAUUCCCAGCCGAACCUGCAGCUGCCCGGAUCCAGACUGAGCCAGACAACUUGGCGUGUGCCUCUGCAGCUCCAGACAGAAUUUCCAGCUUGCCUCAGGAGACUGUGGAUCAGGAGCCCAAGGACCAGAAGAGGAAAUCCUUUGAGCAGGCGGCCUCUGCGUCCUUUCCCGAAAAGAAACCCCGGCUUGAUGAUCGUCAGUCCUUUCGUAACACAAUUGAAAGUGUUCACACCGAAAAGCCCCAGCCCACUAAAGAAGAGCCUAAAGUCCCGCCCAUCCGGAUUCAACUUUCACGCAUCAAACCACCCUGGGUGGUUAAAGGUCAGCCCACUUACCAGAUAUGCCCCCGGAUCGUCCCCAGCACGGAACCCUCCAGCCGGGGCCGCACUGGCGCCAGGACCCUCGCAGACAUUAAAGCCCGUGCUCUGCAGGCCCGAGCCCAGCGAGAGGCGGCCACCACUGCCAUCGGAGGGGGGGGUGGCCCGGGUGGAGGUGGCGGCGGGGCCACCGAUAAGGGAGGUGGCAGAGGCGGCGACCGUGGUGAUGGUAGUGAGACCUGUGGCUACUCUGAGCUCGGGGGAGCCCAGAGCACCCCUGGAGAGUGUGCGUCAGAUAUACAGCGAACACAACUACUGCCGCCUUGUCCUCUAAGUGGAGAGCCUGCCCAGGGUGGGCCUGCUGCGUCUGCAGCUAGGACUGAGGACCUGGCUUCCAUCUGCAGGGAGGAAAGCUGCCCCCGACAACCGGCUUCAGUUGUGGGUGAUGCCUCCCCACCACCCAUUGCGCCCACUGGGGACCAGCCUUGCCAGGCCUUGCCACCACUGUCCUCCAAAACCUCAGUAACCGAGAGCUUGGUUGAACAGCCCAAGUUGCCUCUAGAUGUUAGAACUGAAUGUGAAUCUGGCACUCCUUCCUGGGUGAGGGAUGAGUUGGAGCAAGGACCCACUCUUUGCUCAGAGAAUGGUCCUGUUCAGUCUCCAGUGGGAGAUGCUGGAUUGCAAGAAGGCACUGGCCAGGUUCUGGAUGCUACUCCAACUAUGAAGGGGCCUAUAAAUGUGACCCCCAGUUCCACCCCUGGGUCAUUAUUGGCUGGCUGCUUGCAUGGCAGACCGUUUGAUGACCAAUUAAAACUUGGUCAUUCAGGCCCCCAACCCUUGAGGGAAAGCGAUACUAAACAAGAAGACUUAAAAGUGGAGCCUCUUGUUUCUGGCAGUAUAGCUCAUUGGGUGCCAGACUUGUUGAAUGGCAAGGGAGCAACGCAGUCUAGCCCUGACACUGGAGAAAAGGUGCCAUCUGCUGAGCUGCAGGUUGGAGAAGAGUGGGAGGCAGCUGCUCCCCACAUACCUGCAUUUCUUGGGAGGUUGACAACCGAAGAGGGUCUAGAGCUUCCUGACAGCCUUCCCGUACUCUGGGCAGUGCCACCUCCAGGCAUGGGCAGCGCUGGUAGCAUCUGCAGACAGGUCCAAGUUGAAAAUCUUAAAAUCAAUGGUGGCACCGAGGCACUGAGUCCUCACAGUGAAUCCACAGACACAGCGUCUGACUUCGAAGGCAGCCUCAUUGAGGACAGCAUUGAGGCAGACCCUGGGGAAGCCACAGUGAAGAAGGACUCCUCAGUUGGGGACAAGAAUGAGAAACUCUCCAAAACCAGUGGUGAUCCAGGUCUGGUUACAAGGACAGACGGGAUGCUUGCUCCUCAGAGCUGGGUGUCUCGUGUAUGUGCAGGUCCCCAAAAAAUCCCAGACUCCCUGUUGCUCGCCAGUACUGAAUACCAGCUGAGGCCCCCUGUGUGCCUGGAUGGGUCUGGGCCCUCAGUGGAGGCCACCAGCCCACUUGUGAUGGAGCUGCUGCAGGGUAAUUUGCCCCUAGAUAAGGCUCUUCCUCUAGGCCGUGGUGGCAACAAAGCCGAAUCCCUUCAACUACCACUUAAUGAAGAGCCCAGCCAUGGUGGGUCCUUAGGGCUGGGAUCUGGGUCUGAUCGUGGGGAAGGCAGUUGCACAAUUGACCAAGGCAGCCCCAGUCUUUUGAGAGAUUUGAAGGAGCCUCUUCUGCCCGAGAUCCAUAAAGCAAGCACUGGUCUUACAGGGCUAGAGACCACCCAGGCACCCGACAUGCCCCAAAAGUUUCCCAAGACAGUCCCAAGUUUAGACUCCCUACAUCCAGUGACAAGUCCAAUGGUUGACACUGGGAAACUGGAAGAAAUGGAUUCCAAAGAGCCGUUCUCUUCUUGUAGUUCUGAAGAUCAGAAGGAAACCCAAGACCUAUCCCAGUGCAGUAACUCCUCUGCUGCUCCUGGCAGAAACCCAGGGACACUCACUACCUCGAGAGCCCCAAGCUUUUCACCUCCAGAUGCCAUCUCCUUAGGUCCAGACCAAGCAGGUCAAUCCCUGGGGCUUCCAAACAGUGUAGGAGGCCAAGGGAAGAAGCUCUUUGACUCUAGGAAUGUGGCUGCAACCCCUCAGUGUCCCAGGUCCCUGGAUCCAGUUUCAUUACCUGCUGAUGCCCCCUCUCUGGUUCCCAACGGGGAGUUGGGACCAAGCAAAAGCUCUAUGUCUGGUGGGGUGCAGAUCACAAGGGACGAAGGGGCUCCCAAGCCACCUCCUGCCUCCGCUGGCAGUAUCAAGACCGAGAAGACUUUUGCAGGGGAAUCCCUUAAGAUGAAUGCAGAGAACAGAAAAGCAAUUGGGUGUAGCCCUCUGGAGCUGAUGGAUCACUUGCAAGGGAUGCCCUUUCUCAUGGACCUGCCCUUCUGGAAGUUACCCCAGGAGCCGGGGAAAGGGCUCAGCCAGCCUCUGGAACCUUCUUCCAUCCCCUCCCAGCUCAACAUCAAGCAGGCAUUUUAUGGGAAGCUUUCUAAACUCCAACUACGUUCCACCAGCUUUAAUUAUUCCUCCAGCUCUCCCACCUUUCCCAGAGGCCUUGCUGGAAGUGUGGUGCAGCUGAGUCACAAAGCAGACUUUGGUACCAGCCACAGCGCCUCCCUUUCCCUGCAGAUGUUCACCGACAGCAGCACAGUGGAGAGCAUCUCGCUCCAGUGUGCAUGCAGCCUGAAAGCCAUGAUCAUGUGCCAAGGCUGUGGUGCGUUCUGUCAUGAUGACUGUAUUGGGCCCUCGAAGCUCUGUGUAUUGUGCCUUGUGGUGAGAUAA